AUAAAAUUAAAAUGUCAAGCCUGAUUCCUAGAUUCCUUGCUUGCACUGAGCAAUUGAGUUUGAAUAAGGUGCCUGCCACCAAUUCAGGAAGACCCUACAGAAAACUGAAGUUCAAUGGAGAGAAAUAUGAGAAAUUGAGUGAUACUGACAUUAAGGAGCUUGCCAAUUCUUUAGAGAAGAACACUAAAUUUAAAGGAGAACUUCUUCUGAAGAAUAACAGUCUGACUGACCUCAGUGCUUUAUAUUUAACUAAGGCUAUGGAAACCUUCAAAGGUAUCACCAAAUUAAGUCUGAAAGGCAACGGUCUUGGUUCAAAAGCAGGAGAAUUUAUAGGCGAUUGGCUCCUAGAUCUUGGCAAAACUGGAGGCUCCUUAGAAGCUCUAGACUUAGGAGGCAACAACUUCGAAGAAACAGGAAUCAGAAGGAUCAUUCUUGGAGUUGCUAGAGCAAAGACCCUUAGAAAAGUUGACAUUGGAACUAUUAGUGAUUUUGGACUAGUCCUCCUUGCAGAAGAGCUGACGCUCUUCUAUGGCGAAGAGGCUGACCCUCAAGGCGUACUUGAAAAGAUCAAAUUCAAAGAAAACAAGGACAAAGAGUUCUCUUCCAAGGCUAGAGAAUCCUUCAUCGAAAGUUCUGAGAACUUCUCACCUCUGAUCAAGUGUGGCGACGAUGAGCUGGAAUACUACAACAAGGAUAAGAAAAUCGCUCAGAAGGAAUUCAAGAAAUUUAAGAAGAGAAAUCUCGUAAUGGACCAGAAAUCCUUAAUCAAAAGUGUAGUGAAAAGCUUAGAAAACAAGAGAAAACCUGAUAAGAUAGCGAUUCAAAAGUAUUUCAAAAAUACUUUUGGAGAUCUUCUUAACGAUGCUAUGUACGAACUCACUAGAAAGCAGGAGAAGUUCCCAGAAAAUGACGAGUACUUCACAAUUGAAGGCUCCCUUAUUUUUGUAGGAGAGUUUCUCCUAGAAAACCUCCCUGAUCAUGAAGUUGAGCAUCUAAAGGAAGAAAAAGAAUCUAAAGGAGAGAAGAAUGAAACAGACGUUUAAAUAUUUCAAUUAAAAACA